GUGACGGUGAAAACAACCCCGGGCGUAAACAUCGAUCGUCCCAGAGACCUCGUAUAAAAUCCUUUCUCGUUCAACACACAAACUGCUUGAUUUUGUCAUGGCUUAGAAAACAAAUCCACAAUGACUGCUGUAGGGCAGCCACUGCUAUGGCAGGGUGGGAUGGGUGGAGUGACCCUCCGCCCCCAGCCACGCUUGGAUGUAAAGUGGCUCAAGUCAGAUCUGCAGAGCCUCCUGCAACCAGACAACCUGCCAUCACUGUACAAUCAGAUGGUCAAGGAUGGGGAGGUUGCAGGACCACAUGUGGAGGGCAUCCUCAACUCUGUUGGGGUCACUGCCAGGAGAGGAGAAAGUGGUCACUACUACUGUGGCAUGAAGGUCUUGACCUGCCCUUGCUGUGAUGGAAUAUGUGGGCCUCAGAGUGGAUGCAACUGUGGGCCAUGCCAAAAGCUAGACCGUGAAGAGGCAGAAAGGGAACUUGAGAAUGGAGAAGGCUUUACCCCUCCUUCACCCUCUCUUCUCGAUGGUUGGACGUGGGGGCCGCAACCAGAGGCCAGUGAUCUGAAGAAAUGUUUAGAUGUGCUUGUAAAGGAGCAGAGACUCAUGUGUUUAGAGGCUGCAUCCACCACACUCUCUGCCAGUCGUCUCCAGCAGAGGUUUAUGGUGGCACAUAGUGAUAGCAAAAACAAAUCCACAAUGACUGCUGUAGGGCAGCCACUGCUAUGGCAGGGUGGGAUGGGUGGAGUGACCCUCCGCCCCCAGCCACGCUUGGAUGUAAAGUGGCUCAAGUCAGAUCUGCAGAGCCUCCUGCAACCAGACAACCUGCCAUCACUGUACAAUCAGAUGGUCAAGGAUGGGGAGGUUGCAGGACCACAUGUGGAGGGCAUCCUCAACUCUGUUGGGGUCACUGCCAGGAGAGGAGAAAGUGGUCACUACUACUGUGGCAUGAAGGUCUUGACCUGCCCUUGCUGUGAUGGAAUAUGUGGGCCUCAGAGUGGAUGCAACUGUGGGCCAUGCCAAAAGCUAGACCGUGAAGAGGCAGAAAGGGAACUUGAGAAUGGAGAAGGCUUUACCCCUCCUUCACCCUCUCUUCUCGAUGGUUGGACGUGGGGGCCGCAACCAGAGGCCAGUGAUCUGAAGAAAUGUUUAGAUGUGCUUGUAAAGGAGCAGAGACUCAUGUGUUUAGAGGCUGCAUCCACCACACUCUCUGCCAGUCGUCUCCAGCAGAGGUUUAUGGUGGCACAUAGAUAUCUUGUUGCACUGAAAAGAGCCAGACCACCAGAAACAAAAGCCGGGGAAAGUAAUGGAAAGAAGAAAGUUCUUACUGCGAGUGUCUGGGGAGAGGGCCGUGUGGGAAGAGGUGCCGGAGCAGAGCGAGCCACUCUGGGACUUGCAAGAGUUGGGUCUAGAGCAGCACUGAAUUUUGCAUUUGCAUUCCUCAGACGAGCAUGGAGGUCAGGCGAGGAUGCUGAUCUUUGCACUGAAUUGUUGCAGGAAUCUCUUGAAGCUUUAGAAACACUCCCAGAAGCCACACUGUUUGAUGAAUCUUCUGUAUCAUCUGUUUGGCUGGAUGUAGUGGAGAGAUCACAGAAAUUCCUCACUUCUGUCGUUCUGAGUCAGGUGUCGGGUGGAGGAACUGGUGGAAGCAGCAUGACCCGUGUACCUCUUGGUGAUCGGCACAUGGCACUCUCCCUCCUGCUCCAUUUGGCACUCCAGCGUGCAACUCUCUCCACCCUGUUGACAGUGAUCACUCUUCUUCUCCAGCUGUGGGAUUCAGGAAGGAAUCAGGUUGACAACCGUGUCAGCAGUCAUGGCACAAGUGCACCACUACUUCCAGUCCUCCAAAGAUUUGGUUCCAUCCCUCUCCUCAAGUCACAGCCAUCCUCAUCAUCAUUGUGGGAUGAAAAUGCACCAUUGGAGGUAAGCCCAACCGAGUGUCUUCUGCGAUACCUGGAGUUGCCAGAAGAUGAGGAAGUAAGUGUAGACUUGGAACAAGCAGCAGUCAUCCUCCUUUGUCACCUGGAUCGCCUUGCUACCCCACACACUCCACCUCUUCACAGCCCACAUGGAAGACCCACACAGGGGCAAGAGGUCCUUUGUUGGGGUUGGCUGGCCUGGUCAGGCGUUGCUAGCCCAUCAAGACCCUUAAAUUACUGUGACUCACUAGCAGAGUUAGGAAUAAAAUCUGUUGCUUGUGCUGAGCGUUGCCUACUCAUCCUUACACAAAAGGGAACAAUGUACUGCCUUUACUAUAAUUCAGAGACACAGUGUCCUCAGCCAGUUCCAGGUCAACCUGAAGAUGAAGUACUUAAGAUAGCAGCCCACCCUGAUGGAAAACACUAUUUGGCUCUCACUGCUAGUGGCCAGGUAUACUCAUGGGGAAAUGGAGAUGGUGGUCGCCUAGGUCAUGGAGACAGUAGUUCAAGAGAGGAACCAACUUUGAUCCAAGAACUUCAAGGAAAGACUGUGAUAGGAAUAGCUUGUGGUUCAACAUACAGUGCUGCUAUUACAGCUGAGGGUGAACUGUACACUUGGGGUCAAGGCAACUAUGGAAGACUAGGACAUGGCUCUUCUGAUGAUCAUAGUACACCAACUCUUGUAUCAGCAUUAAAAGGAGAGCGUGUUCUUGAUGUGGCUUGUGGAAGUGGAGAUGCUCAAACAAUAGCAGUGACAGAUUCAGGUUUAGUCUACUCUUGGGGUGAUGGAGACUAUGGAAAGUUGGGGCGUGGUGGCUCAGACGGUUCAAAAGUUCCUAAGCUGGUGGACAAGUUACAGGGACAAGAAAUAUGCAGAGUAUUUUGUGGAGCUCAGUUCUCUCUAGCAUUAAGCAAAAAUGGAUCCUUGUUCACGUGGGGGAAAGGUGACAAUCAUCGUCUUGGCCAUAAUAGUGAAGAGCACAUUCGAUAUCCAAGACAGGUCAAAGCUCUUGCAGGCAAGAAGGUCCGUGAAGUGGCAGUAGGCUGUAUGCACAGUGUGGUCCUUACUGAGGAUGGGGAGGUGUACGUUUGGGGCCGUAAUGAUCAAGCACAAUUAGGAGAUUCGCCUCAUGCUGCUCUGGCAGAACCAACAUUGAUGUCAGCAUUGCACGGGAAGAGUAUUAUUGGCAUUGCCUGUGGUCCAUCACAAACCUUUGCUUGGAGUACAAAGAUGUCAUGGUCUGUCUCCACACGCACCCCGUAUGUUGUUGAGGUUUGCGAAGAAACUUUCACUAAACUUAAUGAUCUGCUGGAUCGAGUAGGAGAAGGCCUGGCAGAUGAUCACAUUCCUUCACAAGAACAGGAGUGCAUGGUAGUUGCUGGACUCAAUCUUCUAAGGCUACAGUUACAUGCUGCUGUGCAGAAUCAUACAGAUGUGGACAGUGUGGGCCUACAUGUUGGAUCUUCACUCCUCAGCAGCCUGAAACAGAGGGUUGUCAAUCUUGCAAGUAGCUCAGGAGUUCUUCCAACAAUUCAGGGAGCUGCACAAGCCACUCUUCAGACAGGCUGGUCCAUUUUGUUACCAACAGCAGAAGAAAGAGCUAAAGCUUUGUCAUCUCUUUUACCAAGUACAGGCUCAGAUAUAUCUAGCAUGAGCUCAGGACGUCGGUUCAUGAUAGAUCUUCUUGUCUCAAGCCUUAUGGCAGAUGGAGGAUUAGAAAUGGCCCUUGAUGCUGCUAUAAAGUUCGAAGUGCAAGAAGCUGAAUGCACAGAAAAGAAUAAAGUGACCCAGAGUGCCACCAUAAGUAGUAGCAUCAACAGUGUUGGAGGAGCUAACAUUAGCCCAAGAAAGAAUGUGAGAGGGGGAGAAGGGGCUGCUGCUCGACGUUCUUUUGAUAAUUCUAUGUCUGAUGACCAGUCUGCCACAUUGCCGCUACUCCACCUAGUGCGACAGCUCUUGAGAAAUGCGUCAACACAAACACUGAUGAGGUUACAGGCAAUAGCUCCAGACAACAUGUCUAUGAUCUCAUCUGCAGUGUUAAUUGAUGGACAUAAUGAAAGAAGUGGCAGUAUGAUGAGUGCAGACGGAGUGCAGGGAGAUUUGUCACCAUCCAUUCAGCUGCUAUUAAGGUUUCAGCGCUUGUUAGUCAGUCAUUUGUUCCCAGUGGAAAGUAACAUGAGCCCAAGACAUGUUAUGCAAGAAAGUGAACUUGAGGGAGCAGGAUGGCUGUUGAGGAAGUACUUAUCAUUACUGGUGGGACAUGUGUCAGACACUCUCUCCAUUGCCACCUCCCUGGCCACCAUCAACACUCGCCUCACAGCCCUGACUUGCACCAUCCUCCAGAGAGAUAUCACAGGCCUGUUACUCAGUGAGCUGUUUGUGUCCCUCCUCGUGGUGUCAGUCCAUAACCCCAAUGUGGUUCUUUUGUGUGACCUUAUCUCACCCUUGCUGAGCCUGCUGGAGCCCCUGGAUAGGUUCAACCAGCUUGCUCCUGGUGCUGACAGGGAGGACACAGAAGACAUGGCAUGGCCAGGGAUCAUUGUAAAUGCAUCGAAGCAGACAGAAGAAGUACCAGUUAUUCGAAAAGCAGACCUAGAAAAUCACAACAAAGACGGUGGACUAUGGAUAGUGGUGAAUGGAAAGGUUUAUGAUGUCCAAGACUUCAGAUCGACUGCCCCUUGUGGCAGUGACAUACUUCAGUAUUAUGCGGGACAAGAUGCUACACAGGUGUGGGAGAUGGCAAACCACUCGGCUCGGGCCAAGGAGAUGAUGGCCAGUUAUUUUGUGGGGAACUACAUGGACCCAGAACAAGAAGUUGUACAGGUACUUGAUGCAAGCACACUGUCUUCACCACUGGUAGACACUGAAAGGGCUCUUGCCAUGCUCAUAGGAGUUUAUGCAAGUUGCCAAGCUCGUGGCCAGCCUGUAACUCCUCGAGAAUUAGAUCACGAGAAAUGGAUUUCAGCAGAAUUCAUGCGAGCUGGUUGUCAGACUGUCCAGCCACCUGACCCCUAUGAUGAAGAAAAAGGAGAAGCUCGAACAGGAUCUUCGGCCACAACUCCAGGCUCUGUGACAACGCCAGGAGAUGUCAGACUUCCUCGGCCAAUGGAUCCGUUGGCACACAAGAAGUCAAGACCACAGGGGCAGACAUCUGGACCUCAGGUUGAAAUUGACACAUAUUUCUCGAACAUGGCAGAUUAUUUCCUGUCUGCUUUAAUGGAAGGGAAGACGCAGGAUCCAUAUGUUCAAAUGUUCCUAUCAAUUUGUGAUCGAGAGAUUCGGCAAAGUGGACGACAUUCCUUGCAUACAAAUUUUUCCCUUGAUCAUCCCAUUGAGGAAGUUGGUCGCCUUGUGUCUGCCACCCUUCUGCGACAUACACACCUCACUGCGCAACUUAUUGAAGUGAUUGAGCAAGGUUUAGCUUUAAGUGCUGAGGACAGCCAUGGUUGGGAAGCAACUCUGGACUUACCCCGGGGUUUACAAGAAGUGAUUCGUCAUGUCCACAACACCAAGUGGCUUCUGAUCAGGCGUAGGCAAGAGCUGACACGCUCUUAUAAAGAAGUGUGUGCUCCUGUUAUGGAAAGAUGCAGAUUUGUUUUCUAUGAAGUUCGUCCUGCUAGUUGUGGAGACGUUGAAGCUCUGGAAAAGUUUGCUGUACGAGGGAUCUCAAGAUGGAGAAAAGCGACACAGCUGCUUCGUUUGCGGUCUAAUGACACCACCGCCACCAGUCAGGAGAAGGAUGAACCACAGCAGGACACCAAAGGAACAUCAGGAUCAGUGGAAGACAUUAGCAUCAGCAGCAGCAGCCACAGCAUGAGUGAGGCCGGACCCAACGGCAAUGAUGGUUGUGAUCUGGACGUCAGAAGUGGCCACCUGGACAAGGGAGAAGACCUUUGCAAGGACCUUACAGAACCCUUGGAUCUUAGCCGGCUACCAGGGGAUCCAACUCUUGACAACAACAUCAAAGUAGAUGGAGAUGUAGAUGGGACUGAUAAGGAGAAGAAGGUGCCAACUGAAUUGAAGAAACCUCCCGUCGAAGGCAAGAAAGCAUCUGUCAGCCUUAACCUGAAACGGUCCCCUUCACCGCCUGGGGCAACACACUCGCCUUCAAGGCCAUCCUCACUCUUGACCCCAACAGCUCCUCCAUCAACAGCAAAGGUUGUUGAAAUUUCUACAAAAAUAAUUGAAUUUGUAUGUUCAGAGGAGACUAUUGAUAUUGAAGCAAUGCGUAAGGCAUUUUUCUCACAGAUGGAAAGAGCCGAGACUCGUUUGCAGGGCAUAGAAAUGUUUCUUGGCCUUGUUCAGAAGAAUAAUCUACUACCUUCAGUGAGACUCACCCUCAUUAAUGGUUGGCUGGGUUUGCUUCCAUUUGCUCCCAAGAACACUCUUGUUCUUCCUGACUGUUUGGAGAACAUUCCGCUUGUUCCUGUAUAUCAACGAGCAGUUUUAAGAGCUGCCUGGGCACAAGUAUGGGAAUGGGCUGUGGGAGAGCUUCGUGCACAUGUGCUGAAGGCAGAGCAGCAUUGCGUUGCUGCACACUCAACAGGAAGAUUGCUGAAGGGUCGAGACAACCCCACUUAUAAAGACUCCAACCUUAGCUGCCGAGAUCAUAACAUUUUAGCCUCCAUGCCCUUAUCAAGAUUCGUACUGUCUUUGGUGUGCCUUACGACAAGAGCUCACACUGGAGCUGACCUGAGUCUCCUGGUGUCAGGGGGGCUUUUGGCAUUGAUACAGACGUUACUCAGGCUUAUCGGCCCAUCAAGUUCCUCUGCCAAUAGAGAAGCUGAUAAGGAAGAAAUGGUAGCAAUCUUUGAAGAAGCGGCAAAGAAACCUGCUAUGCCACCCCCUCCUCUCUCUGGUCCAGAACUUGCUGCUAUGAUGAAGGUUGGGACGAGAGUUGUUCGUGGCAUAGACUGGAAAUGGGGCGACCAGGAUGGACCUCUCCCUGGCGAGGGCACUGUCAUUGGAGAGCUGGGAGAGGAUGGUUGGAUCCGGGUGCAGUGGGAUAACGGGUCCACCAAUUCAUACAGGAUGGGCAAGGAGGGGAAGUAUGACCUGAAGCUGGUGGAUUCCCCACUGCCUCAGCCCCCAGAGAGUGAGUCGGACACGGAAGAGGAGGAAGUGACAGAAUCCAGCUAUGUAAGGAAACAUCCCAUCUUGGUCCUUCGUGAUUCAUGCCUCCACUUAUUAAGAUCUGUGACUAUAUCAACUGGUCUGACUGCUCAGUGCAUGUCCCAGUCCAGUGUCCGCACCCUGGCUGCCUUGCUCCACGGCAUUGUUCAGGCUGGAACAACUCAGUCAGAUGAGCGUGACCCCAUCCUAGAAGAGCAACACAAGUCAUGGGCUACGUUGGGAUUGAUACGGUCCGUGAGCUGCUCCCCAGUUCUCUGUCGCAACUUGGCAACACCCCCAUGGGUUAGCCUCCUACUGACCCUUGCGCAAACAUUUUUAGGACCUGCCUCCCUCUACAGAAGGAUACUUGCCAUCCGACUUCUAGCUUCUGUGCUGCCACAUCGCAUUGAUGACCUUGAGGAACGCCAGAUGCUUCUUGAUCGCAUCUUUGCUCUUCUUGGAAAUACACUUCUCACCUGUGCCAAUGACCCAGCCAUUAGUGUCUCAAGCAAGAAGGCUCGUGGUACUUGUGUUGCAAUAACUGCAACUCAUUCAAGUACAGUUGUGGAGGCUGUAGUAUCCCUUGUGAGAACUUUACAUGCUCUCCCAGUAUGGAACAGUGUUAUUAAUGAUGCCAUCACAGAUCGCCUGAGCUUAGUGGCUCAACUGUUGUCUGAUCUGGCUCAGUUCCAGUUGAAGGUUGAUGAUUGCAGGCCUGGCAGUUUAGUUGGACAAGCUGCAGGAGUAGCAGCAUCUUUGGCUGUGAUUGGGGGUCUCGAUGCCAGACCAAGAUUAGGAGGCGAUGUUCUUCUAGAAGAUGAAGCGCUCGGUACAAUUGCACGCAUUGGUCACCACAAAGUCUAUGUUCAGCCACAUGAAGGUGGCACCCUGUUGAAACUUGGCCUGUCUUCAGUGGUUCCAUCUCCUACAAAACAGUUUGCUAUAGAUCGCUUAAGCAUAACUGCAGCAUGUGUGCAAAUGUGGGUUUCACUGGUUGCUCUAGCUGGUGAUUAUACAAGAAAUUUCCAUGUGUCAACACCAUUGUCUCUGUCUCCAACUCUCCUAAGAAUACAACAGAUUCGUAUGUUGGUGAUACGAGGUUGUCGAGCUCUUCUCACCCAUCAGUCUCUCUUAAGGCUGGUCCUCUUGCAGCCAACUAAUGAUAUCAGCACCUCCACCAACAAUCUUGAUGCAGGAGAAGAUACCAGUCAGAGCUCAGAGAAUGUGGCACUUGGAGAAGGUGACCCAACAACAACAUCAGUGGACUUGUUCUCACCAUGGGACUUCAUGGAAGUUAGUAGCAGCGGCUCGUCUGAAAACUCCUUCCAGUGGUACAUAAGGAGGCCUUGGAUCCUGUUGAUUCAACGUCUGAUCACUGCUGCUACACCACCUUCACCUGUCAAGGCAUCAUAUACUAGGGAACAGUUAGAGACUGCAGCCCUGGCAUUGUGUGAAAGUCUAACGGAAGAGAUAGCACAGCCUACUCCCCCAACUCCUUGCUCCAAUGACGAUCUCUCAACUCCUCUCAGUGAACAUUCCAUUGGUCCACCAUCUCCUGGUAUUCUGGUGGAUAACCAUUCAACACAGUCUCGUCAAACGCACCCGUCACAUACCACACGAGGAAAGAGGACUCGAACAGUGCCCCCUUCGCCUUUAGUGCGCCAGCUGAUGGAAAUGGGCUUUGCUCGUAAAAGUGUAGAACAUGCUAUCAAGGCUCUAGGAGGCCUUGGAACUGAAGUGACACCCAGCCCCGAGUCCUUAGUGGUGUGGUUGAUAGAACAUGCUGAUCUCACGCUGUCAGACUCCGACAGUGCUCCAGAUGUCCUUGACUCAGAUGCUGAUUCACUCACUGAUGAAUUUAAUGAUGAGCCACCAUUGUUGGAGUCCUCUCCUGUUGUGGAAGUAUAUCGUAAACGUUCAGAGUUCACCAGUAAUGAUGAAUAUGCUAUGUAUGUUCGGGAUCAUAUCUGCCCUGGGAUGACUGUCCGGUGUUGCAGAACUUAUGAAGAGGUUCAUGAAGGUGAUAUUGGGCGUGUUGUGCGUGUGGAUCGAGGAUCUCUCCACAAUCUUAAUGUUCAGGUGGACUGGCAACGGAAGGGUGGAACUUACUGGGUGCGCUACAUCCAUAGUGAGCUCCUGGACCAGCCUCCACCACCAUUAGCAGCAAGUGGACCCAUAAGAGUGGGUGACAGAGUGAGAGUGAAGAGCUCUGUCAACACGCCAAAGUACAAAUGGGGAUCUGUCAAUCACCGUAGCAUUGGUGUGGUAACAAGUGUGAGUACAAAUGGCCAAGAUCUGAUCGUUGACUUCCCACAACAACCUAAUUGGCAAGGUUUAGUUAGUGAGAUGGAGGUGGUACCAUCAUGUCAUAUGAAUGUUACCUGUGAUGGCUGUGGAGUUUCACCAAUAACAGGUGCACGACUGAAAUGCAAAGAUUGUGACAAUUUUGACUAUUGCGAAGAAUGUUAUCAAACAAAGAGAAGUCAUCGACAUUUGUUUAACCGUAUUGCUGAACCAGGGAGUCCAGCUGUCUAUGCAGGGCCCCCAGGCAGAGGACGCUUCCGCAAAAAGGAAGGAAUCUUGGGAGGUGCCGAUGGCACGAUUGAGGACUGGUACCGUUGUGUUAGGAACCUGAGUGUGUCAUCCAGAGAAAAUUGGGCUCAUCGACUGAUUGAUGGAACGGGGAGCUACUGGCAGAGCUGUGGACAGGAGGGCAAGCACUGGAUUCAUUUGGAGAUGCAGCCCAACAUUGGUAUAGAGUGGCUGCGGAUGUUAGUGGAUCCAGCAGAUAGCUCAUACAUGCCUACAUUAGUUGUGAUUAGCGGUGGGGAUUCCCUUGCCAAGAUGCGAGAGUUAGCGACUAUCAGAAUAACCCCAUCAGACACUUGGGUCACCCUCCUAAGGAAUGUGAAAGAAUACAUGAAAUAUAUUGAAAUUGGUAUCAAGCAGUGCAAGAGUGGAGGCAUUGAUUGUCGUGUACAUGGUCUGGCAAUUAUGGGAAAAUUGGUAGAUGAAUUCGGUGACCCUGCCUCAUCCGUGUCUUUCCUUGCUUCUGACAAUGAAGAUGUGGAGGAUGAGAUUACCGAGAUGACAAGGAAAAGUCUAACUUCAACCAUAUGCUUCGAUGGUGAACCAAAAGUCUUAGUGUGGGGCCUCAAUGACAAAGACCAACUAGGUGGGCUCAAAGGCUCAAAAGUCAAGAUGCCGGUCCUCUCAGAAACACUCAGUAGCCUCCACCCUGUCCAUGUUGCUGGAGGAUCAAAGUCUCUCUUUGUGGUGUCACAGGAAGGGAAGGUUUAUGCAUGUGGAGAGGGAACAGGAGGAAGGCUUGGCCUCGGUCACUGUAACAACAUCACAGUUCCACGCCAGAUAACAGCACUGAGUCAGUAUGUUGUGAAGAAAGUAGCUGUCCAUUCCGGUGGUCGCCAUGCUAUGGCACUCACUGUGGAUGGGAAGAUAUUUUCUUGGGGAGAAGGUGAAGAUGGAAAACUAGGUCAUGGAAAUCGCACUAGUUAUGACAAGCCGAAACUCAUCGAGUCUCUAAAGUCAAAGCGUAUAAGAGACAUUGCCUGUGGAAGCUCCCACUCAGCAGCCAUCACAUCAAGUGGAGAGCUCUAUUGUUGGGGCCUUGGAGAGUAUGGUAGACUUGGGCUAGGGGACACAACCACUCAGUUGAAACCUAAACUAGUGAAGGCCCUCCAUGGACAAAGAGUCGUGCAGGUGGCAUGUGGAAGUCGUGAUGCUCAGACACUCGCCCUAACCUCAGAAGGAAUGGUCUACUCGUGGGGCGAUGGUGAUUUUGGGAAGUUAGGGCGUGGAGGAUCAGAAGGCUGUUCCUUGCCACAAAACAUCGAGCGUCUUAAUGGUCUUGGAGUCUGCCAGAUAGAAUGUGGAGCUCAGUUCUCACUGGUUCUCACUAAAGCUGGACAGGUUUGGACAUGGGGAAAAGGAGACUACUUUAGGCUGGGUCAUGGCACAGACCAGCAUGUACGUAGACCAACCAUGGUGGAAGGUUUGCGGGGCAAGAAAGUGGUACAUGUUGCAGUUGGAGCUUUGCAUUGCUUAGCUGUGACAGAAGCAGGACAGGUGUAUGCAUGGGGUGACAAUGAUCAUGGCCAACAAGGUAAUGGAACAACCAUAGUGUAUGCCAUUGCAGAGACCUCAUCAUCACUCUCCAGUCCCAAUGGAGGCGAAAUAGCAGAAGGUGGUGGUGAGGCUCCUGCUUCUGCCUUGGAUGCUGCUGCUGUGCCUGCAGCUCUGAGUUGUGGAACCAGUCCUGACAGUGAGGAGAGUGUCCUACUGCAGCUAGCCUCCGUACCCUCUACUGGGUCCUUAUCCUCAAGAGCCUCCAGACUUUCUCACUCGGCUAUGAGUAUUCUUGCUGCCACUCUGACAACGAAGGCUGAUGUAGUAUCUGAGGAAGCUGAACUUCCUGAAGAUGAUGUAAUAUGUAAUGGAUUAGAUGAGUUUACGAGAAAGUUAACCGAGGAUGACGCACGAGUUCUUGUUGACCUCCUGAAAUUAGCUGUGGCAGGUCGAGCUGGACCACAGGCCUCCCCCGCAAUCACAAGAGUUCUUACUGGAUUGGCCAAGGAGAAUCCCACAGUUGCUGGUAUGCUGACAGAGCUUUGUGUGACAGAGCUAGAAGAUGCAGCUACGGACACUGAGGCCAUGCGAUCUGUGCCUCAGCCAGUGGUACAGGAGAGCUCUCAUCCUUACACAGAUGAUGUCACCCUCACUGGCGUUGUCAAAAUACCUGGUGCUGAAGCCCUUAGAGUAGAAUUUGAUCGACAGUGUUCUACUGAGAGGAAGCACGAUCCCUUGACCAUAAUGGAUGGCUCUGGGAAAGUCAUAUGUACACGCUCAGGAAGAGAGUGGUCUGACUGGUCUACAGAAGUGAGAAUUGCAGGGGAUGAAUUGAGGUGGAAGUUCACCAGUGAUGGCUCUGUGAACGGCUGGGGAUGGAGAUUCACAGUGUUCCCUCUCAUGCCUUGUGCCGCACCACGAGACCUGCAUAGUGAUCGUCGCCUCCUGUCACGACCUUUAGUGGACCUGCCCAUGUGCUUGUUAGACUCUCUGCUCCCACUGUGUACCCAGAGUGUUAUCUUGUCAAGAUUGGCUGCUUCUCUUGCAAUGUGUGCACAGUUGUCAUCUCUAGCUCCCAGCCAACGGAUGUGGGCCCUCAAAACACUCCGUAAAAUCGUAACGACAGACAUUGGAUCAGGGCUCAACAUCAAAGCCUUGUUAUCUGCAUCAUACUCAUCCAGCUCUACACCUGCCCCAUCUCGACCCAUUUCUCCGGUGCCACAAGCUACAAUAUCUCAGAGCUUGCCUGCACCUCAGUCCCUUGUGCCACCCACCCCACAGUCACUUGCUCCACCUGCCCCACAGUCAUUGCGUGGUAGCACAGAAAGCCUUGAAUCCUCCAGCAGUCUAGUCAAGCCUCAAAUUGAAGUAAAACAAGCUCCUGAAAUGCCACUUGUAAGCCUCCUGAAAGGCUUACCGGAGGCUUUGUUACGUCAGGCAGAGUAUGAAGAUCCUUUAGUGAGGGGAGGAAAACACCUUAUGCAUUCACAGUUCUUCAAGGUACUGGUUGGCUUAGCUUGUGACCUGGAACUGGAUAGUGGUGUUGGUUCCGGAGAGGCUCACAAGUGGGCAUGGUUCCGAAGGUAUUGCGUAGCCUCAAGGGUCGUCAAGUCCCUUAUUGACAGAAUAACUCUGCCCAGUGGCUUUUGUGCUGAUGUUCGUAAAAAACUAUCAGAAAUGCUUGGUGAGGGCGAGGUCCUUACAUUAGAGCACGAGGAUCAUACUCUAUUCCAGCACCAGCAUGAUGAACAGCUCCUGCUCUGGUUCAACAGACGGCCAGAAGACUGGACUUUGUCUUGGGGUGGAAGUGGUAGCAUUUUUGGCUGGGGACAUAAUCACCGUGGCCAGCUUGGAGGUGUCGAAGGUGCCAAAGUCAAGUUGCCUACUCCAUGUGACACCUUGACGGCACUGAGACCUGUGCAGCUUAUUGGUGGAGAACAGACACUCUUUGCUGUUACUGGGGAUGGAAAGGUGUAUGCGACUGGCUAUGGAGCCGGAGGAAGAUUGGGCAUUGGUGGAGUGGAAUCCGUAUCAACUCCAACCCUUCUUGAGUCAAUUCAGCACAUCGUGAUCCGUAAAGUAGCUGUCAACUCUGGAGGAAAGCACUGUCUUGCUCUCACUGCUGAUGGAGAUGUGUAUUCUUGGGGUGAAGGAGACGAUGGCAAAUUAGGCCAUGGGAAUAAGAGCCCAUAUGAUCGGCCAAGGCUGAUUGAGACGUUACAAGGGAAAGGUGUGGUGGAAAUUGCUUGUGGAGGAGCUCAUUCUGCAGCCAUCACAGCUUUAGGAGAGCUGUAUACCUGGGGCAAGGGAAGAUAUGGAAGGCUUGGCCAUGGUGACUCAGAGGACCAAUUCCGACCCAAGUUAGUCGAAGAGCUAGUAAGGUAUAGGGUCAUCGAUGUUGCCUGUGGUUCCGGAGAUGCUCAGACCUUGUGCAUCACGGACGACGAUAACGUGUGGUCUUGGGGUGACGGGGACUAUGGGAAGCUAGGACGUGGUGGUUCAGAUGGAUGUAAAGUACCCAUGAGGAUAGAUGGAUUAGCCAAUCAAGGGAUUAUUAAGGUUGAAUGUGGUUCCCAGUUUUCAGUGGCCUUAUCCAUGUCUGGUUCUGUAUACACUUGGGGCAAAGGGGACUAUCAUAGAUUAGGUCAUGGCACAGACGAUCACGUGAGAAGGCCUCGUAAGGUUACAGCUUUGCAGGGGAAGAAGGUUAUCAGCAUUGCUACAGGAUCACUUCAUUGCGUAUGCUGCACUAGUGAAGGUGAGGUCUACACAUGGGGAGAUAAUGAUGAGGGCCAGCUUGGUGACAGUACAACGAAUGCCAUACAGAGACCUCGACUUGUCAUGGCUCUACAGGGUAAGAAGAUCAACCGUGUUGCUUGUGGAUCAGCACACACUUUAGCUUGGAGCACCAGUAGGGCAGUUAGUACAGGACGUCUGCCUUCUCAAGUCCCUCUGGAGUAUGACCUCCUCAAAGAAAUUCCUCUCCAUUCCCUGAGGAACAGAUUGGUCCUGCUGCACCACUUCUCUGACUUGGUGUGUCAAAGCAUCUCAAUGUUUGACUUAUGUGAAAUAUCAGAAGAAGAAGAAGGGCCAAAAGUGGACAGGUUAAGAGCCAUAAUUGUGUCCAGUGCAAAGGAAACGGCUUUUAAGAAGGUUGUGCAAGCCACAAUGGUAAGGGAUCGUCAACAUGGACCCAUUGUUGAGCUGAACCGUAUUAGUGUCAAGAGGUCGCGCUCGAGAGGUGGUUUGGCUGGCCCAGAUGGCAUGAAGUCUGUGUUUGGGCAAAUGGUGGCCAAAAUGUCUCUCAUGUCACCAGACGCCUUGUUCUUGCCUCAUCGUGUCUGGAAAGUUAAAUUUGUCGGUGAGAGUGUGGAUGACUGUGGAGGUGGGUACAGUGAAAGUGUAGCUGAGAUGUGUGACGAGUUGAUGAAUGGGUCGUUGCCACUUCUCAUCCCCACGCCUAAUGGACGAGAUGAAGCUGGAACCUCACGCGAUUGUUUCCUUAUGAAUCCCCAGGCCAAUUCACAACAUCAUUUGAAUAUGUUUACUUUCUUGGGAGUGUUGAUGGGCAUUGCCAUCAGAACAGGAAGCCCACUCAGCCUCAACUUGGCAGAACCUGUUUGGAAACAACUGGCUGGGAUGGCAUUGACCCCAGCUGACAUCACUGAGGUUGAUCGCCAUUACGUACCUGGGUUGAUGUGCGUCCAACAAAUGGAAGGUGAUGAGAAAACAUUUACCAGUCUUGAUUUACCUUUCACCACCACCUCAGCUGCAGGUAACGAAGUGCCACUAUCCAGUCGACACUUACGAAUCACAAUGUCCAACAGACAUGAGUAUGUUCGUCUUGCACUCAAUUACAGACUUCAUGAAUUUGAUGCACAAAUAGCAGCAGUUCGUGCAGGCAUAGCCAGAGUGGUACCUGUGCCCCUUCUGUCUCUAUUUACACCCUAUGAACUUGAAACAAUGGUGUGUGGCUCUCCGGAUAUUCCCCUUAAUCUUCUAAAGAGUGUCGCAACAUACAAAGGUGUGGAAGCAACAGCACCUCUAGUCCAAUGGUUUUGGGAGGUAAUGGAAGAAUUCAGCACAGCUGAACGAUCUCUUUUCCUUCGUUUUGUGUGGGGCAGGACACGUCUUCCUCGUACCAUUGCAGACUUCCGAGGACGAGAUUUUGUGUUCCAGGUGUUGGAUAAGUAUACUCCACCUGACCAUUUCCUACCAGAGUCAUAUACAUGCUUUUUCCUGCUGAAAAUGCCACGAUAUUCUUGCAAGGCUGUUCUUCGUGAGAAAUUGAAAUAUGCUAUUCAUUUCUGCAAGAGUAUUGAUACAGAUGACUAUGCUAGAGUGGCAAUGACAGGCGCUGGUGUGGAAGAGAAUGGAGCUUCUGAGUCAGACACAGAUGACUGGGAUUCCAUUGGCAGUGAUGAGCCCAUGGCAGAUUGUGUCUCACUCUACUCUACAUAAAGCAACAAGGGAUAGAUCAACUAAGUUCGUAGAGUUGGGUCACGUUCCCUGUUACCUUUCAGAGAAACUGCUUAGAUAGGAUUAGACGAACAGGGAAAUUUUGUAAGAUUUUCCAGGGCUGACAGAGUGUAGUGUCAGCUGCUUAAAUACAUGACCUUUUUGUGAUAACUAGGAAAGGUUCCAAAGAGUGUAUUCAUGAGAUUUUUCAACUAGUCAAUUUUGAUAGGGAUGGAUGAUUGACUUUGUAUUUUGUGAUAUGUACAGUGCCGUUUAUUGGAUGAUAAUUAGGUAACUGGUUUUAUUUUGUGUAGUAUGAUGUGUUGACAUUAUAUGCAUAUAACAGAAAAGUAAGCGUAGAUAUUCUUUCAGUUCAGUAUAUAUAUUAAUGUCUUGAGUUAAUAGAUAGCCAAGUUCCUGGAGAUUGUAUUGUAUGUUAUGUGACUAGACUAACAGAAUUCAUGCAAGCUAUGAUCCAUAUUUAGAAAAUGAUAUAUAUGAUGUUUGUACUUCAGAGUCUAGUUGUCUGAGACAACUGUGUAAACUUACAUGUAUAUGAUAACAUGUCUCUCUUUGUAGUAAUCACUAUCCAACUGAUACAAGUAAUUAGUACAAGUUAUUUAGGAACAGCAAUACUGCUGUACUAAAGUGCAUGGGAUGCCAUCCAUUGUAUACACAGACAACAUAAAAUGGACAAAAUCAAAAUGUUGGAGCAAUGACGUUUUCUGAGCUUUCUGUGCUAGUAAUUUAUAGAGCAUUUGCAAAGGUUUUAAUAAAUUCUUCCACAUUCCAUCUUUCAUUAAACAUAUAACAAUGAAAAUGUGGGCUCUGUAAUGCUUUAAAAAGUGUGUGGAUUGUUUUGUAAUUUAUAUAAAUCUUGCUUGUCUUUAUAACACAUGCUUUUAAAAAAAUCCAAAAAAUGCACUUGCCACAUUUCAGUAAAAUUAUAAACUAAGAAUAUAAAGUAUUCAUACUCUAGAGAACUGGUCAGCCUUUUACACCUAAGUUCUUCCAAGAAAACACAGUAUAGGACUGUUUUUGCACAAGCAACAUGGGACUAUCUGAUUGCAUGGACCUAUGUGUCAUGACGCAUUUACAUUUUUUCCAGGUUCAGUAGGUGUUCUAAUCACUAGAUUGUUUUGAAAUGCAUGUAACUUCUACAUCAUUUGUAAAUAGUAUGCUUAAAGAUAUUUACUUGUAUAUUCUUGCAAAUACCAUAUUUUAUGUAUAAAGAAAAUCUGCAUGAGAAAUCCAGCUAUUGAAUGUAAAAUUCUCUUAAGUUCAUAUAUGUGGCUCCAGCUGAAAGGUUGUGUUGUAGCAUUAUUAGUAAAGAUUUUCUUAUCUUUCAUAACUUUGUUUGACAUCAUGGCUAGCUAAAAGCAUUAGGUGUUGGAAAGUGCUUCUCAUGUAUCCAGGCAUUAAUUGUAGAUUUUAGACAUCCAACUUAAAUAAAACCACUCCUUACAAAAUAGGUUAAUAUGGACAUGGAGGCAGACACAUUAGCAAUACAGUGAUCAUUUUCAGAUGCAAAUGUUGGAAAGGUGGAGGAACAGCUGAUAAAAAAAAAUAUGUUAAAACUAGACUGGAGAAAAUUUAAUGGCACUAGUGAAGAAAUUAUUAUAUAAAAAGAUGUUUUUCAGUUCAGUUUUUAUGAUAAUUAUUGUUAUUUUUUAUGAAUGUAAUUGGGCCAAGAGUUGAAAGACACAUGCUUGAAGAAUGUGUACUAAAUAAAGAUAUAAAUUAU